AUGCCGGACCUGGCAGACGUUUUGAAUCGCAGGAUCCUGGGAUGGCUUGGGAAACUAGCAGGCUGCACGCUCUUCAUCACUGGCGCGAGCCGGGGAAUUGGCAAAGCCAUUGCCCUGAAGGCUGCCAGGGAUGGUGCAAACAUUGUGAUUGCUGCCAAGACAGCAGAGCCCCAUCCAAAACUUCCUGGAACUAUCUACACAGCUGCAGAAGAGAUUGAAGCAGCUGGAGGAAGGGCAUUGCCAUGCAUCGUCAAUGUGAGGCAAGAAGAGCAAAUUAUUAGCGCUGUGGAGAAAGCUGUGAAGACGUUUGGAGGGAUCGAUAUUUUGGUGAACAACGCAAGCGCCAUCUCUUUGACCGGCACUUUGGAAACAGAAACCAAGAAGGUCAAUCUUAUGAUGGAUGUCAAUGUACGAGGAACCUACCUCACGUCUAAAGCGUGCCUUCCCCACUUACGGAAGAGUAAGAACCCGCAUAUCCUGAACCUCAGCCCACCUUUGAAUAUGAAACCCACAUGGUUCAAAAAUCACUGUGCCUACACAAUUUCUAAAUAUGGCAUGUCCAUGUGUGUCUUGGGAAUGGCAGAAGAAUUUAAAGGAGAAGUUGCUGUCAAUGCUUUAUGGCCUAAAACAGGUGAUUAUUAUGAAUUUUUGUAUUUUGUCUUAUACAGGUAUUUUAUUUAGGUUUGAAUAACUGCU